UACUUUAAGAAUAUAAAUCUCGUUUUACAAUAAACGAGAAUAACUAUAAACAAUUUCAGAAUUUCUUAAAGCAUAAUUAUCACGUGUAAAAUCCAUCUCAAAGUUGUACAAUUUUCCAUUUAUCAGUCGAUGAAUAAUGUUAAGCUUCUCUCUUAGAUUUUUGAAAUGUUUCUAGAAGUAACAUAAAUUAUCCUCUUAAUAAUACAACGAAAGAAAAGAAACUUAGCCUCUUUCUUUUCAUGUGGCUAAUUUCUCUAUAAAUUUAUGAUAAAUUUCUACAUCAAAAGGGAACAACUAAGUAGAUAUUUUAAACAAAUCUACAAUGAUAUACAUUUAUACGUACGAAUGUAUACAUACAUAGGGAUCUUUUCAGAUAAAUAAUUGUUCAAAUUAAAGAGAAUGAUACCGAGUUGUAAUUGCAACUCGACUAACGAUCGAUGAUUAUACACUGAAAGAAUUUUAAAUUGCAUAUGAUAUGGUGCACUCUGGUGGUAUAGUAAUACUGGUAAAUAUGAAAAAUGAAUAAACAGAUCAACAAUGCAACGACGAGCAACAGUUGCAUCCAACAUGUUGAAACGAUAGAUCAUUCCCAAUAGCAAUAACUACACUAAUAAUAGAAAAACUAUAACUUUAAGCAAUAAUAAAUUAAUACUAAUGAACUCACCAAUGAAUUGUAUCAAAACCAAUACAAUAUUAUAUUAUUUUUAUACCGAUAAAAAUUAUUAAAAAGAAUCAAUAAUAAUGAAAAUGAAUUUUCAAAAUCUGAAUCGUUUGAACACUUUCGUAAACGCUGUCUCUGGGAACAUCUUACCAAUAACCGACAUGAAAAAGAGAUUAUCUAUCGUUCUGAAAAUCUAUUCGAUCCUCGUUUGGACGAUAGAACUGUCAUAUCUGGCUGCCUGUAUUCUCGGCCUUUUCAACGUGUCGAGGGAAAGAGCGUUGAAGGACAGCACGGUGAACAUCGUGAUCUCGUUGGAGGUGUUCGUCUUGAUCGUUUAUCUGCACAAUCGUGAGAAUUUGUUACGUGAAUUAAUCGGAAAGUUGAAUUGCCUUCUAAUCGUGGAUGAUGAAACGCUACGCGACGUGACGAUUGGUACGGUGAAACCGUUGGAGAAGCCUCUUAGAGUGUAUAUAAUAGCCAGCGUCGGUUCGCUUAUGAUUUGGGCAUCGUUGCCUCUCGCUAAAAUCUUUCGAAAAAGUGAAUUCUAUUACACGGAUUAUCAAGUGCCUGCUGUCAUAUCGAACGAACCUUUUCCAAUCGGUGUUUUCAUUGGCGGAGUUGCCCUACAGAUUUUUGGCAGCGCGUACACGUUGCUUAGAAAGGUGAGCCUGGAUCUCUACACGAUGCACUUGAUACUUUUAAUCACGGCGCAAUACAAGUAUCUUAGAAUCAAGUUUGCCGCGAUACUCGAGCAGGAAACACCGAAAGAUUUCUUCUACGGCGGUAUUAUUUGGCAAAAUGUCCCCUGCGAGUACGAUAAAAUGGUCAAACAGGAGAUGAAGUUGUUAACCCGCCAUUUUGAAAUUGUAGUCGAAAUGACUGUCAUGUUGAAGAAAUUACUUUCUCCAAAUAUUGGAAUUCUUUACAUAAACUACGUUUUUCGUUUCUGCUUUCUGAGUUUUAUGCUUGCAACGAGCUCAGGCAUGCAUUUUGAAAAAUGUUUGCUUGUAUCGUAUACAAUCGGUGCAUUAAUACAAUUUUACAUAUUGUGUUAUUGUAUUCAACAGUUACUUGAAGCGAGUACAACUGUAGCAGACGAUGUAGUACACGAAAAAUGGUAUCUUCAUGACGUAAAGUUUCAACAUAUAAUUCUUAUGAUAACUUUGGCUAAUAAAUUAAAGUGUAAAUUAUCUAGUUUUCGAAAUAUCGACUUAACAUUACCGUCCUUUAUGUCGAUUUUAAAUCAAGCAUAUUCGGUAUGUUUGUUAUUUUUAAAAGCA